AUGGGGGAGUACAGAAAGCUCCAGCCGAAGAAGUUCGAGCCGCGGUCGAUACGCGAGACCGCGGAGGGGCGGUAUUGGCGCGCGUACAAGUCCCCGGCGCUCCUGGACCAAAUCUCACAGGUGACGUCCGUGGCGUUCGCGGACGUCUACCCGUACGCGCUCGCGGUGACGUCGUCCGCGCGCGUGACGGUGUACAACUCGCAGAACCGCAGGGCGUUGCGGACGUUCGCGCGAUUCAAAGACGUCGCGUACGGCGGCGUCCUGCGAGGCGACGCGAAAGCGCUCGCGGUGGGAGGGCAAGCGGGGAUGGUACAGCUGUUCGACAUGAGCAGCCGGUCCAUCCUGCGGAAAUUCACGCAACACGCGCGGGCGGUUCGCGCGGUGCGAUUCUCCACGCAGACGCACGCCAUCAUGGGAUCCGCGUCGGACGACACGACGGUGAGGAUAUGGGACAUCGCCGCGGGAGUGUGCAGCAGGCGGCACGACGGGCACACGGACUACGCGCGGUCCAUCGCGUCGCAUCCAAUCUCGAUCGAUCGAUGGGCGACUGGGUCGUACGAUCACACGGUGAAACUGUGGGAUGAUCGCGACGGGUCGAUGAAACACUCGUUGAGCCUGAACCACGGCGCGCCCGUGGAGGACAUCUCGUGGCUUCCGGGGGGGAACCUCCUCGUCAGCGUCGGCGGCCAGGACGUCUGCGUGUGGGACGUCCUCUCGGGCGGGAAGUUGUUACGGAAGCUGAGGUGUCACCAGAAGACGAUCAUGUGCUGCCACGUGGCGCCCGACGGCGGUCCGCCGCGCGCGACCGCGCCGCGGUUGCUGACCGGCAGCCUGGACGGCCACGUCAAGGUGCACGAGUUGGACGAUUUCACCGUGACGCACGCGGCCAAGUACCCCGGCCCGGUGUUGUCCGUGGCGCUGUCCCCGGACGCGAACGUCCUCGCGGUGGGAUGCGCGAACAAGCUCCUGUCGAUUCGAAGGAGGAAAGUUCCGAGGGAGGCGGCGUACGGGCUCGGCGGCGUCGGCGGGCGCGUCGGCGUCGGCGGCGGGAAGAAGAGAGGCCCGCGUCGACUGGACGCCGGGAGUUGGCAGUACUUCGUUCGCGGCACGAACGAGAAAGCCGCGGAGGGGCAGAUGGUGAUCGCGCGACGGAAGCGGAUACGCCUGAAACCGUACGACAAGGCUCUCCGGCGGUUCCGCGUCGGCGAGGCGUUGGACGCCGCGCUCGCGACGGGCCGCCCCGAGGUGAUUGCCGCCGUCGUGGAGGAGAUCGGCGCCAGAGGCGGGACGCGCGCGGCGUUGUCCAACCGCGACGAGGCGAGACUCGGCCCGGUGCUGCGGUUCAUCGCGCGGCAGAUCGCGAACCCGCGGCACACGCGGCAGCUCGUGGGCGUCGCGGGGAAGGUUUUGGACGUAUACGGCGGCGAGGUUGGCGUGUCGCCCGCGGUGGACGGCGCGUUGCGAUUGAUUCGCGAACGCGUCGCGGGGACGCUGAAGCUUCAGGACGCGUUGGCGAAUCUGAGCGGGAUCGCCGCGCCGCUGUUGGCCGCGGGGCAUCACGCGGCGUACGGGUAG